AUGGGUGAUGGACUACCUUCUUCUCCACAGCUCGCAGAGAUGAAUGUGGAAAAGCUAAUGAAGAUGGCCGGUUCUGUCCGAACUGGCGGGAAGGGUACCAUGAGAAGAAUAGGGGUGAAUGCUAUACCAGCAAUUGAGGAGGUCAAUAUUUUUAAGGAGGAUGUAGUAAUCCAGUUCACUAACCCUAAAGUUCAAGCAUCUAUUGCUGCCAACACUUGGGUGGUUAGUGGUUCUCCUCAGACCAAGAAAUUGCAAGAUGUUCUUCCUCAAAUCAUUCACCAAUUAGGUCCAGAUAACUUGGAGAAUUUGAAGAAAUUGGCAGAGCAGUUCAAAAAUCAGAUGCCUGGUGCAGCUGCUGGUGCAGCUGCGGCUGAAGAACAAGAUGAUGAUGAUGUACCAGACCUUGUAGAUGGCGAGACCUUUGAGGCUGCCGCAGAGGAGGUUCAUGUUCAUGAUCAUGAUCAUGACCAUGAUCACGGUCACGAUCAUGACUCGUUAAUCCUAGAGAAUGGGCGGAGCCAUGACCUGUCAUCGUUAUGUGUUCAAUUGAUUCAACCCAUUUUCUGGGCUGGGUGUACUGAGGAGUUCAUCCAGUGUUUCUUCUGCUCCGUUGACACCGAUGAUCAAGAAUUCGAGGUAGAAUGA